GUUGACCACCAAGAAGUGAGAAGCGAGAAGUACGUUCGGCUGAUCCAUCGCGCCAUACAAAUUCCUCUGAGGCAGCAGCUAUUUCGGAACGGGAAGAUCUAUUUGAAGCUGUAGUGUGAUCCCGGUGUUGUUUAGACACGAUAUCACAAAUUAUUCCAUGUACAGCUGCAGUAUUUGGUACGAGUGCUAGGGACAGGGAAUUCUUUCCUUUGCGCGAUUCUUCUAAUGGCUUUUCCAGCUACAACACCCAAUCAAGAUCUGACGAAAAUUCUAGAAGACAUACAGAUCAAAAAGCAGCAACUACAAAAGGGAGCCAACUCGACAUCGCCACCUGGAUUUGCCAACCUUUAUACACCAUCAUCGGUGUUUUCAAGCCCGCAAUACACAGCAAAUAACGCUGGAACGCAGCUACCCAACGACGGCAGUGUGAACGUUGUGGCCAAGGGUGUGUGGAAUCAAGCUAUCAAUCAAUCGUUUGGCUCUUUCAUUCCUCAGGACUCGGUGUUCGGCAACUGCAUUUUACCCGUUCUACCACGCUACGAUAAUGCGACGGUGCAUUAUACUAGUCCAACGAAGAACUAAAAACAAU